UCGCAGCAGGUAAGGGUUCAAACACUGACACUGCCUGUCCCCGAUUUCAGUAGUCUACAGCUGUCUGAUUAUUUGACAUGCGGUCCGCGUCGUGAGGUAAUCGAUGCGGCCACGUCUAAAUUACGGCCGGCCGCCAUGUUUAAGAUUGAAAAGAUCUCCGAGGACUCCGUUUAUGGUAAUCUCCUGCUGGGUUUGCCAAGGUUGAUCAAUCGAUUGAGGAAACUUGGUAUGCAAAACUACUAUCUCAAACGGUUUGCACCCUUGAGUGAAUAUGAUAUCGUCAACUGGGAGCAUGCUAAUGGUGUUCUGUUACCUGCGGAUAUAAGAAGAUUUUAUUCGUCGAUGGAUGGGUUUCUAUUUAAAUGGUUGUUGAAUUUGGGAAGUGAUUCUAAUGAUGUGAUUGGUCAAAUUAAAAUCAAUCAGUUGAUGGAUGUUGUGCAGAUACCACAUGGGAAUACUAUAGAAAUUUUUAAAGAUUUUAAGAUGGUACGUCCAUCACUUGGUAUAGACGUGAAACUUUUUGUCAUUGACUCAUUUGGAGAUGAUUACCGUGUGGUUGUGGUUUUUUCAAAGUUUAAAUUCACUAAUAACGUGUGGAUCUGCUCCAAGGAGAAUAAUUUCUUCUAUUUGACUAGUGAUUUCACUUCCUACUUUCGUAUGUGUGUCGCACAUCUUGGUAUUCCAUGCUGGCAGAUGUUGUACACUACCGGGAAACCUCCGCAAUGGAUAUCGAAUUUGAUUACGUUGCUUCUACCGACGCUUGGUGCGUUUCAUGAUGAAAGAGAGCGAAAAGCAAAGGAGCAUCCUGGCAGUCGACAUGUAUUGAAUUCUAUCACGACCAGCGACUCGGAAACUGUGUUCGUAAACAAAUUGAGUACGGGCGUUUUUAAGGGAACACUAAAUAUUGAAACACCCAAACCGAAAAUUGUUAAUCAUCGUAAGAAGAUAAAUAAAGCUGCUAGAAAAACAACCAAAAAAUAAUUCACUCACAUAUUUAUUUAUUUUGUAUUUUUUAAUAAAUUUAUCAGUAAAAA